AUGUCUACUCCAGCAGCUAAAAAAGCAACUGAUGUUUACUUUACCUUGAACAAUGGUUUGAAAAUACCCGCAUUAGGGUUGGGAACGGUUCCUUCAGAUAAUCCAGAAGAUGUUAAAGAUCAAGUUAUUACAGCGGUUAAAGCUGGCUAUCGUUUAAUUGAUACCGCUUGGUAUUACGGUACCGAGAAAUAUGUUGGUCAAGCUUUGAAGGAACUCUUUGACGAAGGUGUCGUUAAGCGUGAGGAUUUGUUCAUCACAACAAAAGUGUGGCCCUCAUUUUACCAUAGUCCUGAAAAAUCGUUGGAUCAAUCUUUAGAAACAUUGGGUUUAGACUAUGUUGACUUGUUCUUGCAGCAUUGGCCAAUUGCCUUGCAUGGAGACGAAAACGGUCAACCAGCUGCUCCUAAGGACGAAAAUGGCGAUUUGAAAUAUGACGAUGACCCAGUCUCAGGAACCAAAUUUAUUGAAGUUUACAACAAGUUGGAAGAUAUUUUGGACACCACCAAAAAGACCAAGUCGAUUGGUAUUUCAAACUAUUCAAUUCCAAAGUUGCGUCAAUUGUUACCCCAUAUCAAGAAACAUGUCCCUGUUGUAAACCAAAUAGAGUACCAUCCACAGUUGCCUCAACAAGAUCUUGUGGAUCUUUGUCAAGAAAACAAGAUUAUUGUGGAAUGUUAUUCUCCAGUGGGAAGUGGAGGCGCUCCUGUUUUGAAACUCCCGCUCAUCCAAGAGUUGGCCAAGAAGUACAAUUGCUCAACAAAUGAAAUCGUGAAUGCUUAUCAUAUCUUGAACGGUAGAGUUGUUAUCCCAAGAUCAUCGAAUUUGGAAAGAAUCAAAUCAAUUACUGGCUUGCCUGAAUUAACAAAGGAAGACUUGGAUGAAUUGUACCAAAUUGGUGUAAAGAAUCCAAAAAGGCAUAUCAAUGACCCAUGGGGUUACGGAUUAGGAUUCCGUUGGUGGGAAGGUGAUACCAAGAGCAAAACAUUUGAUUAA